AAACUACAUGAAUUGGCGAAUAUUGCAACUGCAUACAAUUUUUAGCACGGUCUUUCACAGUGAUGUUUGCUGGUAAAUGAGACAUUUGAGAUGUACACAUGUUUGACGCACGUGAAUCGAGGAGGGAUUUAGCUAAAUGCGUGUUGUGAUGACGUCACGUGACACAUCUUGGCCAAAUCUGCAGAAAAUUCUGCGGUAAUUUAGAAAAAUUGCACGCUCCUCCAAAUAUUGAGGAGUUUGCUUGAUUUUGCAUUAAUUUCUGCGAUCUUGAAAUCCUGGAGGGAGAGAAUAGGCAGGCUAUUUUUUAUAACUAUACACAAAUGUUUCAGGAACGUUUCCAUAAUAUGCUCAAGUUAAAAGAAUUUAAGUAGGAUGUUUGUAUGUAAUGAUUCCUUUCUGUUGCUAAAGAAGAAAGACAGAAAGAGAGAGAAAAGAAACAGUGGAGCCAUGUUGUGUCUCUCGUGUCGCGAACACGCCUUAAACUCCAGCACAUUAGGGGGCGAUAUGCGCAGUAAAGUCACAUCAUAAUGAGUCGGAGUGUAAACGAAGAACACGCACCGUAUUAAACAACACAUUGCUGAUUAUUUUGGAUCAAAUACAGUAAAGAGGUUCACGGUUUAGUUAUUAAUUCUUCGUGCAACUGUAGGACCAGACCAGUACAUUAAAGAUAAGCGGACUGUGUAAACAUUACAUAACUGGUUGGUUUGCUGGAGAUUAUUGACUUUUAGCAUUUUACAAUGCUGUCAGAGGUGUUACAGGGGGCAGAAUCGGGAGGAUUCGUUAUUAUUCGAGACACGGCUUGUUAUUCUGGACGACGCCUCCUUAAGUAUUACAUAAACUGCGCCUUAAAGAGGGGGGAAGCUGUCCAUGUGUUGGGAUUUGAAGUUCCCGAGCAUGAGUUGUGUGCCGGACUGGACAGCAAUUACUUGCAUUUGUUUCACUUUCACAGUGCAUACACCGACCCUCUGGGCUGGACCAAGCAGUCCUUGUUCACAGUGAAGCAUUUCAGCGCAACAGAAAUCACACUGCUACUCCAGGAGACGCAUCACGCCAACGCUUCUGUACUUGUCAUUGACUCUUUGUCUUGGGUUGUAAGACAUCAUGACACUGUUACCGUUUGUCAAGAACUUCAGAAGCUCAGGAAAGCAGGAGGCUCUGUAAGGAUGAUUUUUGGUCUCCUACACACGGAUCUUCAUCAGCAAGGCAUUGUGGGAACUGUAAGCCACGUAGCAAGCACUGUAAUUUCUGUUACACCUAUGAACAAUGCACGCUAUGCUAUGGCCAAGACAUCACAACGUAAAAAAUCUGGAAAGGUUAUGCAGAAGGAGGAGUUUUUCAGUUUAACAGAGGACUUGACACUAUCAAUAGAGACUAAACCCAACCAAUCUGGAAAUGUUCAAACAGACUUGCACACUAAGUCUGAGUGUGUGUCCUCGUUCUCCUUUCUCCUUCAGGUGGAUCCAACAUCAAAUCUGACUUUUAAUCUUCAUUUGUCUGAGGUUGAAAGAGAGGCAAGGGAAAAAGUCGCUCUACCGUUUGUCUUCAGUGAAGAAAAAAAGUCCGCUCUCCUGAGGCCAGGCCGGGGUUCUGGACGCAUUAUGUAUGAACCUGAUGCCAAUGAUGACAUUGAUGAAGAAGACCCCGAUGAUGACCUUGAUGUCUAAAAGUUUCCUAUUGAACAUUGUUAGGAGUGCCGUGGAUUCUGGAGCCCGAGCUACUAUAUUUUAAAUUAAAAUAAAUUCCAUAUUUAGGCCAAUUUAUACAUGUGGUCUAAACGUCAUGCUAUGGUUAGGACGAUGCUUGUGGAAGUACAAUACCUGCAAUAUUGCACACUAUAGUGUCAUCCAUACUGUCUAUUCAAAGGGACUAGUUUGUCAUUGUAUAUGGCUGCAUCCCAAAUCACAUACUAGCAUACAAAAUAGUAUGCUAAAAUAGUCCACCCUUUAUGGAUCAGAUAACUGUUCUGGUAACGGUAUAUUUUUGACAUACUAUUUAGUAUGCAGACUCUUAAGCUAGCAGCAAGAGACAAAGUGACCUUUUAAAACAAUGUUUUGUUUUUAAACAUCUGUUUUGUCACAUGUAGACAACCCUGAGUGAGAAGAGAAAACUCUGUGUUUGUGAUCAUCAGAAUCAGCGACAGUGAUUCACCUCUCAGAUGCCUUAAUUCCAAGCAUAUCACACCAGAAUGAUUUUCUGUAUUUAUUUUUGUGCAAGUAUACAUAUGUUUUGUGGUCAGAAGGGGACUUUUUUUAGUGCAAAAAUCAGACAGCUGAUUUUUGGUUAAAUGGGUGAUUUUUGCAUAUGUUCCGUAUCUAGCAAUAUCGUUUAUAACAGUUUUGUUGUCUGUUUUGAGCACCCUCUACUGACUUUUGUAAGUUGGCACCUAUGCAUCAGAAGAAAUAAUAUUUGCUGAUAGACUAUAUACCUUUUGUGAAAAAGGCCACUAAAACCUUUUACCAGAGUUAUUACGGAUUAAUAAUGCUGAUAAAGCAAAUACUGAAAAAGAAUGAAUAAAUUCUGAUAAAUUAUUAGAAUGAAAAUAACUACCUACAUUUUGACUGGCAUUUAAAACAAUUUGCAGAAAUAGAGCAAACAUAAGGAGUUACAUAUAUAACCUUUUCAGUUUGGUUGUAAUGGGAUUAAGACAUUCACACACUAUACUGAGUAAAAUAUAGUGGAGUUUUCCCCAAA